GAGAGUUUCAGCCGCCCGAUGCCGGAGAGCCUUUGAGCGCGAGGGGCCCAGUUUGGUGUGAGGAACGCUGGUCGCCACCAGAUCAAAAGGGAAGGGAAACGAACCGAGUGGGAUCUCGGCACCUCAGCGAUCAGGCAGGAACAGUAGCUCCCCAGGAUGAUGAACAGCGUGUUUUAUGAUGCCCCCAAUCUGGAGCAGAUGAUCUCGAACAAAAACCCCCUGGACGAGUUCGAGCUGAUCCAGCGGAUUGGAAGUGGCACGUACGGCGAUGUCUUUAAGGCUCGGAACACGGACACCAGCGAGAUGUCCGCCAUCAAGAUCAUUAAGUUGGAUCCUGGUGACGACUUGUCCUCCCUACAGCAGGAGAUCAGCAUGAUGAGGGGCUGCAAACAUCACAACAUCGUCGCCUACUUCGGCAGCUACUUCAGGAACAACAAGCUGUGGAUUUGCAUGGAAUUCUGCGGGGGAGGGUCCUUGCAGGACAUCUACCAGGUCACAGGCCCGCUGCUGGAGAAACAGAUCGCCUAUGUUUGCAGGGAGACCCUUCAGGGUCUCCAUUAUCUACACAGCAGUGGGAAAAUUCAUCGCGAUAUUAAGGGAGCGAACAUCCUGCUGACCGAUCGAGGAGACAUCAAACUGGCUGACUUCGGGGUCUCGGCCGAACUCACAGCUUCGGUGGGCAAGAGGAAAUCGUUCAUCGGCACCCCUUACUGGAUGGCCCCGGAGGUGGCAGCGGUGGAGAAGAAGGGCGGUUACAACCAGCAGUGCGACAUCUGGGCCGUGGGCAUCACAGCCAUCGAGCUGGCCGAGUUACAGCCCCCCAUGUUUGAACUGCAUCCCAUGAGGGCUCUCGUGCUGAUGUCCAAAAGCAGCUUCCAGCCUCCCAAGCUGAAGGAUAAGACGCGCUGGUCUGCCGACUGUCACAGCUUUGUUAAGCAGACCCUGCGGAAAAACCCGAAGAAAAGGCCCACAGCGGAGAAACUCUUACAGCACCCGUUCGCAAGCCAGGCCAUGAGUCGGCUGCAGGGGAUCGAACUCCUCGACAAGUUAAACAACCCAGAUCCUCACGAGGGCGGUCUGAUGGACGACAGUGAUCUGGAGACCUGCGACGCUUUCCCGGACAAAAUCCACUCUUUGGGAUCCCACAUGCGAGCCGAGAGGACCCGCUCGGAGAUACAGUUCCGGCAGGUACAGUUCAGCUGCCCUAUAAGGAAGGAGACUGAGCCUCAGAGCACCUUGGACGCCGAUCAGGAUGACGUGUGGAAGAUCCACGACGGAGGCAACGACAGUCUGAGCUUGCUGCGGAGUGUGCAGGAGGCUCUGGAACAGAGCAAUCUCACAAUCAAACGUGGACCGACACCCAAGCUUCUGCAGUCGGACGUGGUGGACGAACAUUGGUCCGUGGACAAGACUGGCACAGUGAAACGUGCUCCACAAACCCUGCGCCCCUCGAGGGAGCAGCUGGCAGAGGGCAGUGCCGGGGGCACCCUGCGGCCGGGGGCACCUCUAGCCAGCUGGGCAGACGGGGUGGUGGACCAGCUCUCCGUCAGCCCCCCGGAGGAGGGGGAGGCCCAAACCCAGGCCACUGAGACCACAGACACCAACAAGCAGGAGACCCCGAGGGAAAUCAGUCACGGGCUGCCUCCGACCCCGAAAGUUCACAUGGGGGCCUGCUUCUCAAAAGUCUUCAACGGUUGCCCACUGAAGCUGAACUGCUCCGUCUCGUGGAUCCACCCCAAGACGAGAGAUCAGUAUUUAAUCCUCGGGGUCGAGGAAGGGAUCUACACCCUGAACCUCAACGAGCUUCACGAGGACACCAUCGAAAAGCUGCUCCCUCACAGAUGUUCCUGGCUUUUCGUCAUGAAUAACGUCCUCAUGUCCGUCACAGGGAAGUCUCUGCAACUGUGUUCCCACAACCUGGUGACUGUGUUCGAGCAGAGGAAGAGUCUGCACAAGAGGCAAGUUCACAUCUCACUCCCAACCAACAAGCUGACCGACAAAAUCAUCCCCAAGAAGUUCGCCGCGUCCUGGAAAGUCCCGGACAGCAAGGGCUGCAGGAAGUGUUCCGUAGUGAGGAAUCCGUACACCGACGCCACCUUCCUCUGCGGGGCCCUGGACAACGCCGUCAUACUGAUGCAGUGGUACGAGCCCUCGCAGAAGUUCCUGCUGAUCAAGCAAUUCAGCCUGAGCCUGCCGAACCCUCUGAACAUCUUCGAGCUGCUGGUGUUCCCGGACGAGGAGUAUCCCCGGGUGUGCCUGGGCGUCCGCGCCCCCACGCACCCCAGCCAGGUGCUGCAGUUCGAGACGGUCCAGCUCAUGUCCUCCGGAACUCUCCUUCGCCACUCACGGCCAGAGACGUCUCUACUGAACACAAGCCACGUAUCUCAGCUCGACAGGGAAAAUGUUCUGGUUUGCAUUGACAACUGCGUGAAGAUUGUGAACUUGCAGGGAGAGAAGAGCCACAGGACAACAGCAGACCUGAGCUUCCAGUUCUUCGUCCAGACAGUGGUUUGUCUGCAGGACAGUGUGCUGGCGUUUUGGACACACGGAAUGCAGGGACAGAGCCUCCACACAAACGAGAUAACUCAGGAGAUCACGGAUGAAUCUCGGAAGUUCCGUGUACUGGGCACCCAACGGGACAUUAUCUUGGAGAGCACCCCCACCAAUCAACCGGAGGCACACAGUAACCUCUACAUCCUGACGGGGCACGAGAGCAGCUACUGAGCCCCCCCAGGCAGGGAAGUGGGGCUCGAACCCACCUAGACUCUGUGUACAGUUCGGGACAGAACCCCAGGAGCUUGCAGGAGACUUCUGUUAAUUAUUAUUUAAGUGGAAUUGUAUAAUAAAAGUUGUGUUUUAAUCAGAAUGG